AUGACUUCCUACAGCCGCACCGCCAACUUCUCCAGUGGAAAACAUAUUGGCUCCAUGAGGGCCCCCAGCGUGUAUGCCGGCGCCGGAGGCUACGGGGUCCGCAUCUCCAGCAUGAGCGCUCCCAGAAGCUUCUCCUCUGCCGGCGGCGCGGGGUUCUCUGCCGGUGGUGCAGGAGCUGGUGGCGGCUUCAGCCUGUCCGACGCCCUCGACAUCUCCGACAACAAGAAAAUGGCCAUGCAGAACCUGAACGAGCGCCUGGCCUCCUACCUGGACAAGGUGCGCAUCCUUGAGAAGGCCAACGCUGACCUGGAGCUGAAGAUCAGGCAGUUCCUGGAGAACAAAACCAAACCUGAGGGCCACGACUGCGCCGCUUUCAAGGUGGCCAUCAGUGACCUGCAGGACCAGAUCCUCUAUGCCACCCGUACAAACGGCUCUCUCUACCUGGCCAUCGAUAACGCCAAGCUGGCUGCUGAUGACUUCAAGGUCAAGUACGAGAAUGAGCUGGCCAUGCGUCAGUCCGUGGAGGCCGACAUCGCCGGGCUCAAGAGGGUCCUGGAUGAGCUGACUCUGAGCCGGUCCGACCUGGAGAUGCAGAUCGAGGCACUCAGGGAGGAACUCAUCCAGCUCAAGAAGAACCAUGAGGAGGACAUGCUGGCUAUGCGGGCCCAGGUCGGAGGUCAGGUGAACGUGGAGGUGGAUGCCGCUCCUCAGCAGGACCUGGCCAACGUCAUGGCCGGAAUCAGAGAGCACUACGAGACCGUCGCCAACAAGAACCGCAAAGCACUGGAGGCCUGGUUCCAGACCAAGUCAGAGGAGCUCAAUAAGGAGGUCGCCGUGAGCACAGAAACUCUUCAGUCCUCGCGGUCCGAGGUGACGGAGGUGAAGCGAUCGUUGCAGGGCCUGGAGAUCGAGCUCCAAGCUCAGCUCAGCAUGAAAGCGUCUCUGGAGGGAACCCUCGCCGAUGCCCAGAGCCGCUAUGCCAGCAUGCUAUCCGGUUACCAGAGGCAGGUGUCUGCUCUGGAGGAUCAGCUGGUGCAGCUGAGGGCCGACCUGGAGAGACAAGGACAGGAGUAUCAGAUGCUGCUGGACAUCAAGACCAGACUGGAGAUGGAGAUCGCCGAGUACAGGAGGCUGCUGGACGGAGAGCUGUCCAGGUAA